ACGGCCGAAUCCAACAUGGCGUCUUUAGCCGAGCAACUGCGUGCUUUAUCGAAUCCAGAACCAAGUCGUAUUGAUUUGGAUGAAGACGAAUUUGAUGUGACGAGAGCACAAACAAUCAAAAAUGCGAACGAUGGCGAAGACUUUGAAGAUCAAGGAACCUCAGUCGCCAGUAAUUUACGUAAGAAAACAGCCAUUUUGUUCCAAGAUGUCGACAAGAAGUAUGCCGGGCAUAAGAUUUCACGGGCUCAACUUGAAGCCUCCCGGGAACACGUCUCUGGUUCAGGCGAAGAGGAGGAAGAUAACGAAGAAGAGGAAUCUGAAAGUGAUUCUGGAGAUGAUUUAAACGGAGUUGAAAUACCAGAAGAUGAAGAUUAUCUUGACAGUAAGGAAGACAAUACGGAAGGAAGUGUAGAUGAAGUGGAACGUGUUACUUUUUCCGAUGAUAAUGAUGAUGAGGAUAUUGAUAAUGAUGGGGAAGACAGUCUACAUUCAGGAACUGACAAUGAAAGUGACGAAGAAUUUGCUGGGUCUGGCGAUGAUUCAGACAUAAACGGAGAUGGUGGUAAAAGUGAUAAUGAUAUUGAACAAGAUGAAGAUGACAUGGGUAAUAAUACCAUUCAACAGUUUUCUUCAACAAGUCUGAAGGAAGACAUUGAGAAAGGAACAGCUGCAAAGCAUCAGCUUAGUUUGUGGGAUAGUUUCCUUGAGAUGCGUAUUCGAUUACAGAAGGCCCUUUUGAUUGGCAACAGACUCCCACAGCUUGACCAGCAUGCAUCCUUAAAUUUCUCUGGAGACAAGAACCUUAAAGACACAUACAAAGAAGGGAGAAAAUCAGUGGCAAAACUUCUUGGAAAUCUUCUGUGGAUACAAGAAAAGCUACUGGACCAAAAUCCAGACACAAAGGACAUCUUAUACCCAGGAAAGGAGUUGAGCAAAAGCACUGGUCAAGGUAGUGAUGUGGAUGAAGAAAUACCCAGUGAUACAGAAGAUGAAAAGAGUAAUAAUGAUGAUGAGGAGGGUGAUAAUUUUACCAAUAAGGAUCAAAUAAAUGGUAAACAGGCAGAGGGUAGCUUGAAGCUUCCAGCAAAAAGGAAACACGAGUUGGCAACAUCAGAAUAUGCAGAAUGUAUUUCCAAGCGGCAUGCAGCCUUUAAGGGUUUCAGAGAUGCUACAAUAUCAAAAUGGAGUGAGAAAACACGAUUGGCAUCUGGAAAAAUUAACAGCAAGACUUUUGGUUCUUUUGACCGGUCAGCAGUAGCUCAAAUAAAUCAUAUUUUAUCUGAUAAAAGCCGUCUUGUAAAACGAACCCAACUCAAAAGGACCCCAUACAGAGUAUUGGGAAAGUCUGAAAAAGAGGAAAUCCAAGAUAUGGACUCCAACAAGGAACAGUCUGACUUCCAUUUAAAAGACUACGAUGAGGAAAUAUUUGACGAUGAUGAUUUUUACCAUCAGCUUUUAAGGGAAUUUAUAGAGCAACGAACCGGUGGAAACACUGAUAAUCCCAUUGAGAUGGGAAGACAGUGGCUAGCGCUUCAAAAACUAAGAAGAAAAGUGAAAAAGAAAGUAGAUACGAAGGCCAGUAAAGGCAGAAAAAUUCGAUAUGAUGUUCACGGAAAACUUGUAAGCUUCAUGGCUCCUAUAGAGAAAGGCACCAUGGCGGACUCUUCAAGGAAUGAAUUAUUUUGUUCUCUGUUUGGAGCAAAACAACAGGACAAGCCAGCAGAUAUUAACGUUUUCAGAUGAAAACAACUCUGUGAUAUCAAUUAGCUCAGUUAUCGAAUCAAGAUGUUCGUGAGAUGUCGUAAAUGCAAAUAAUAUAGUCUUCACGAGACAUGUAGCAUAUGGCCUCAUGUGAAUUUUGCAUUAAUAACAUUCUACGAAGCCGUGUUUCGAGGAUUAUAUAGGUAAUCGCACGGGGCCUCGUAAAAUUAAGGAUUAAUAUCACACGUGUUUUCGGAAGUUGCU